GGCUGCUCGCUCGUGCAAGCUGCCACGGCUACAGAAAAGGCGCUCCGCAAGCCGCCGUCGGGGUGGCCCGGGUUGGUUUCUUUUUUUCUCGUGCGGUAACAGCGAGGCCAUCUAGCCAUAUCGCCUCGUGCAGGGAGAGAGAGCGUCGGUCUCAAUCUAACGGAUACAUCUUGCAUCCCGCUCGGCCGCUCGCUCCUCCAUGUCGCCGGCAUCGCUCCGAAGUGCUGCUGUCAUGUCACUCGCAUCGCCGGAUCCUCCGCCGAGGCACGCAGUCGCCGACGCUUCCCGAUGCCACGCCGCCCCGUACAUCAGUCCCUAGCUGCGAGCGCCGACCGUUGCCGCCGGAACCCGAUCGUCCGAAGCCAUGUCCUGCGUUCGGCGUCCUGCUGCUCCUGUUCGCUGACCGGAUCCUGCAUCCCCGGCUCCGAACGCCGAAGAACGUGCCGCCGACGUUGAGUGCUCGCUCGUGCGGCCUGACGUUCUUCCAAAUUUAGAAGCUGCACGGUCGCGCGCGAGAUCGGAGUUGCUCGCGAUGCUGAUGUACCGUUAAGGCAGCUUCCAGGAAUACUCCAAGAGGCGGAGGAAGAGGGAAGGAAGGGGCUUUUUUGAAGUCAUAAGUUCUGUCGUUGUCAAGCGGACCUAACGAGCAACUUGAACGAUGCCGAACUACGUCAAAGAAUCCAACGUGCAAGCUUCGACUGAGAAACUGUUCGUGCGCUACUGGCGUCCGGAUGGUCCAGGGACCCAGCAGUUCAUCAUGGUCAGCUCCAUGUACUGCCAGCUGCUCGUCGUCAUCUGCGUGGUGUUCUUCACGUCCGAGGUGGUGACGUUCAGGGUGCCCCUCUACUACUUCGAGGGCUUCUACAUGUACCUGUACAGCGUGAGCCUGCUGUUCCUGCUCUACGUGUACAUCUACCUGCUGCGGCGCUCCUCGCCGACCGGGUCCGGGGCGGCGUACAGGUGCCCCAAGAAGAUCACCAUCCUCGAGAACCUGCGACGCACCGUGGGCGACAAGGCGCAGCCCAACAAGGGGCUCGACGCCGCCACCGCCCAAAGCGGCGGUGUGCCGCCGAGGCUCAAGAAGCAACGCAUCUCGGAGAACGACCGCAGCCACGGAAGCCUCUUCCUCAGGAUCGGCGCCAUUGCUUUCGGCCUGGGGACAAUGGUGUACAACGGCUUGGAGUUCGGCUCUUUCUUCGAGAUUCCAUCCACGUCGCCCUGCUACAGCGUACUGCUGGGAAUAAACCCUGUCCUGCAAAUGGUCUUCACAUUUGCUCAAAUGUAUUUUAUCUUCAUGAACGCAAGGCUGAACAUCCACAAGUUCAAAGUGGUUGCCAGAUUCGGCCUAAUGCACGUCGUGGCCACCAACAUAUGCGUUUGGAUACGCACUCUUGGCAAAGAGACUCUGCAGGAAAUAAACGAGCACCACCUCAGAAAUGGCCGUGGAAGCACGCUGGAAGAGCUUAUCUUGCCGUUCAGGGUGCAGCGAAGCCGAUUUUCCCAGGAAAACGCGUCGCAGAACUUCACCAACCCGUGCGAAAAGCAGGACAUUAUGGGCACCAUCGUGUCGGACUCGUCCCCUUUCCUGUACCCGUUCAUCGUCGAGUACAGCCUCAUCAGCGCGGCCGUGCUCUACGUCAUGUGGAAGAACAUCGGCAAGGACCCCGUGUACCACGUCGAGAACAGUCACGACGACGGCAUAUCGCGCACGUCGAGCCUCCAGGCUGGCUCCAAGGUCAACUGCACGGGCUCCAGCAAGGGCCUCUUCUUCGGUCUCCUGGUGCUCGUCUGUUCCACCAUCUGCCUCAUUGUCUUCUUCGUGCUGAUCCAGCACGAGCGGUACGCGAUGCUGGCCAUCUACCUGUCGGACCUUUCGCACUGCGGCAUCAAGGUACUGACCAUCGGGGCCAUAACGAUCGGGUUCUUCCGCAUCAAGUCGCUCCGCUUCCACCCCGACCGGAAGGACCACCUGCGAAGCAUCCUGCUCAGCGUAGCCGCGUUCGGGCUCUACGUUUACGCCAUGUUCGGGAUCAUAGCCGGAAGCCUGCUGCCCAAAGACCACAUCCCGAACCUUCUGGUCAUGGUCACCAGCAUUCUGACCAUCGUCCAGGUGACGAUGCAGUCGCUCUUCAUCGCGGACAUAACCUGCCGCAUGACGUACCUGCCCGAGCACGAUCACAGCAAGCCGGGCCGGCAAGUCAUCACGUUCCUGCUCAUCGGAAACCUUACACUUUGGAUCAUCUACACCUUCGAGAAGCAGAAGGUCGAGGCCAGCCCCGUGCAACUUGGCUUCUACGGGUUCAUGGCUUGGACGGUUAUCAUACGGGCCUCGCUACCCCUCAGCAUCUUUUACCGGUUUCACUCGUCCGUAACCUUCGCCGAAGUCUGGAAGAACUCCUACAGGAACAUGGGUAACUGAAAUUUUAGGGGAGUGAAAUACUCAAGUACCGUACAAACAAAAUUUCUGUGUGCUGUGCUGUCUUUAUCUGUAGCAUACACAAAUACGUUGUUUGCAGCAUGGCAGCAAACAUUAGGCCAUGGCCAGAUGCUCAGUGAUAAUGAACAAUCUGGAUUUGAUGCCUUUUGUACCAUAUCAAUUUGUGACCAAUGAUAAAAGCAAAAUUCAGCAAGCAGCUUAGGUUUUCUCUUGAGUGCAUGGUGGUACGUCAUAAAUGGCUUGCACUCGGGUUCCUCCUUAUGGUGACAAAGAUUGUACAUUGCUACUUUCCAUUUUGUCAUUCAUGAAAGCCAUGCAAGUCCCCCCCCCCCCCCCCCCAUAUAGUUGACAAUGUGUGGCUGCUCAUUCAAAUGUAUAUAUCAUAGUUGUGUAUGUGAUGCGCUCUUGUACAUAGGUUAAUUACCAUUACUUGGACAGAUGUCUGGUCACCAUUCACACUCUCAUUACCUGCAGUUAUGAGAAGUACCAGAACCUGCUCUUCUGCAGGUGCUUCAUACAUUACAGCUGCUCACUUGCCAUUUGUUUCUUUGUCCCCAAUAUAAAUGUGUAUUACAAAUAAAGAUUGAUUUCGUCCUGAAAGUUA